AUGCCGGCCUCACCAAGACAGUCCCAGUUCCGUGUCGCCGCAACCUCUGAUCAUCCUUCGGUUGAUACGUUGUACUCUCUCCAUCUGCCAGUCACUUGGCCUAGCGACUCAUUUGGGCUGUCCUCCCUCGACGGAUCUUCCGCCGACCCCCUCAACCACCACUUUCCCGAAUUUGCGAACCUCGCAGACUUCAACAACACCAUCUCCUAUCAGACGCCGACUUCGACACCGUCUGCGCUCAACUUCGUUGAUACACCUCAUCAGACCGGAAAGCACCCCGAAUCCAUGAAAGCAUCACGAUCUGUGUCACCUGCCACCAGCAACCAAAACACCAAGGCGACAAACUCAUCUCCCUUGUCACAAGGGCUCCCCUCUCCCCAGGAAGCUUAUCAACAGGAGAGCGAGUCAGUCGUGCGCAAACGUGAACGUAACACGGCUGCCGCCCGCAGAUACCGUCAGAAGCGUCUGGAUCGCAUCAAGGAGCUCGAGGAUGAGCUCGCCAAGGUGACGGCCGAUCGUGACGAGCUAAAGCUCAAGCUUGCGAGGCAAGAAGCCGAGACGGCGACUCUGAGGGAUUUGUUGGUCAUGGCCACCGGCAGGGGGGCGCAACGUUCUGAUAGGUAGCAGGUGGGAUCCGAUAGAUUGUGCUUCAAUAUAAGUAUCGAGAACCCAGGUUUCGGUGUCAGUAACGUCUCUGCCAAGUCGAUGAGUGAAAACAAGGUGCAUGUGUAAUUUAAUUGCAAGCUCGGCAGGGAGAGUGAAUUUUCAGACGAUGUCAGCUCUUUUUUGCGUCCGUCAUCGAAUUCCGAGGUCCUCAUGUUAUCCUAUCGUACACGGACUCGGAUCGGAAGGAGGUAAAGGCUUGUCAUCAUGCAGGAAGUGUGGUAGAAAUAGUAAAUAGUUUCCAUACCUUACUGGAUCUUGCUGCCCCCGGAAAUCUGCCAUGGCUUGGACAGUGGCCAGAAGAUACAAGACGGCCCAUUCCGAGCACCAAGGGCAGACUGCCAGCUAGCAACUACUUGCAUCUCGGCUCAUGAUAACUUGCAGCUUUUAUAACUACCUAAUCCUUGGUAGGUACGUACCAUUACUUUCACUCCAACAUGUACAUAACCUCGUGUACUUCCAGCACCAUCAUUCGAAAUUCAUCAACGUAGAUGCUGAGUGAAUCAUAGACUAUCACACCAAGGGCACCCACCUAUAAGACAGGCAUGCUACCGGGGUGAUAUACCUCGGAUCAUAUGCGGGAAGUUUAGAGUUCUGCUCGGAGUCGGGGUUUGGGAAUAGUAACAGUCCGACGACUAGGUGGCUUUGAAGAUUUGAAAGCAACAUCUUUCCAUAAGGUAGCUGCUUGUACCAUACUGCCUGGCAAGUAUUCUACGUUAUCAUGAGCCUAUCAAUGCAUCGUAACAGGUAGCGAUGUUCGUUGUGCAAAUAUCAUCGCGCUCCCCCUGAAAACAAACUGUUCCUCCGUUUUCCAUAAUCAUGACAAUCAAUCUACGAGGGG